AUGGAAGAUAAAACAAAGCGGCAACACUCAAUUCUCCAUCCUCUAGCAAACAACAACCAGUUACCUGUGAAAACAGUAGACACCAGUAACACAGCAGACAAUAAUUACAAUAACAACAAUAGCGGUAUAUUGUCCAGCUCAUAUAACCCUCAACAACAACACCAACUACAACAACAAAAGAGACCAAUUCCAAAAAAUGUAGCUUACCCGCCAAUGUACAGCUUUAAUAUCUCAACCGCCAACACAUUAAAGAAUAGCGUUUCAACAACAAAAGCUACUUCAGGGCUUCCAGUAGCACCUGAUGGAUAUAUUUAUGUAAAAGGUUAUGGUAGUGGCUCAGCUGCAGAUCAUAUUCCUAGAAACAUCCCCAAUUAUUACCCAAGACGAGGCACGUCAAUAACCAAUAAUUACACAGAAUCAUCAGUGGUGACCCCGACACCGCUACACAUUCCUCGACCUUUGGUACCACCACAUUUGCUUCAACCGCCGAAUUUGCACCAACUGCUACAACAACCACAACCACAACAGCAUGAUAAUGGAGAAACGGUAGCAGCAGCAGCAUCAUCACCAACGUUGGAGAUUUUCAACACUUUAAACCCCAGAAAGGCUCCGAACAUGACUUAUAAAGAAAAAAUAAUGAACUGGAUGUCAUCAAUCCCUCAGUUUAACGAUAGUGAAAAUAAUGAAAUAUAUAUAGAUUGUUAUCCUGGUGUUAUAUCAACAAGUGUCACACCAAGCACUUCUGACGAAGAAAUUGAUUUGGCAGAUAUUGAGGACAUAUUGGAAUUACAAGCUAGAAAAGUUACCAGAUACGUUACUAGGCUAUAUAUUCGUGAGUCAGAAAAUUGGGAAGAAAUUGCUGGAGAUGAUGAAGCCGGUGAUGUUGAUGGCGGGGUAGAAUAUGAAGUGGAAGAAGGCGAUGAUGACGACGACGACGUCGAUGAUGAUGAUUACGAUGAAGAUAGAGUGCAGCCACACAACUACGUCUACAGAAAUGCUAAUUUGAACAUUGCUUAUGAAACUGACUAA